CUGUGGAGAAGAAAGGCAGAAACAAUACUUUGAACCUCUGCCACCAUGGGCAACUGGGCCGUAAAUGAAGGACUCUCUAUCUUUGUCAUUCUGGUAUGGCUGGGAAUGAACGUCUUCCUCUUUGUCUGGUACUACCGGGUUUAUGAUAUUCCAGAUAAGUUCUUUUACACUCGGAAACUUCUUGGGUCUGCAUUGGCACUGGCCAGGGCCCCUGCAGCCUGCCUGAAUUUCAACUGCAUGCUGAUCCUGCUGCCGGUCUGUCGAAAUCUGCUCUCCUUCCUCAGAGGCUCCAGUGCGUGCUGCUCGACAAGAAUUCGAAGACAAUUGGACAGGAACCUCACCUUUCAUAAAAUGGUAGCAUGGAUGAUUGCACUUCACACUGCUAUUCAUACUAUUGCACAUCUAUUUAAUGUGGAGUUUUGUGUGAACGCCCGUGUCAACAAUUCAGAUUCGUAUUCAAUAGCGCUCUCUGACAUUGGAGAUAAACCUGGUGAAACAUAUCUCAAUUUUGCUCGCAAAAGAAUCAAGAACCCUGAAGGAGGUCUGUACGUGGCUGUGACUCUACUGGCAGGAAUCACUGGAAUUGUCAUCACACUCUGUCUCAUAUUAAUUAUCACCUCCUCUACCAAAACUAUCCGAAGAUCUUACUUUGAAGUGUUUUGGUACACACACCAUCUAUUUGUGAUCUUCUUCAUUGGUCUUGCCAUUCAUGGAGCUCAACGAAUUGUACGUGGACAGACGGAGGCGAGUUUGCAAGAACACAAACCACAGACAUGUUAUCAAAAUAUCUCAGACUGGGGGAAAAUAAAGGACUGCCCAGUCCCACAAUUCUCUGGGAACCCUCCCAUGACUUGGAAAUGGAUAGUGGGUCCCAUGUUCCUGUAUCUUUGUGAGAGGUUGGUCCGGUUUUGGCGAUCUCAACAGAAGGUGGUCAUCACCAAGGUAGUGACGCACCCUUUCAAAACUAUCGAGCUCCAGAUGAGGAAGAAAGGGUUCAAGAUGGAGGUGGGACAAUAUAUAUUUGUCAAAUGCCCCAAAGUAUCCAGGCUGGAGUGGCAUCCCUUCACACUUACGUCCGCCCCUGAGGAAGACUUCUUUAGCAUCCAUAUCCGAAUUGUUGGCGACUGGACGGAAGGACUGUUCAACGCCUGUGGCUGUGAUAAGCAGGAGUUUCAAGAUGCCUGGAAACUACCUAAGAUAGCGGUAGAUGGACCUUUUGGGACAGCCAGUGAAGAUGUGUUCAGCUAUGAGGUGGUGAUGUUAGUGGGAGCAGGGAUUGGGGUCACCCCCUUUGCAUCUAUUCUCAAGUCAGUCUGGUACAAAUAUUGCAACAAUGCCAUCAAUCUACGUCUCAAAAAGAUCUACUUCUACUGGCUGUGUCGGGACACACAUGCCUUUGAAUGGUUUGCAGAUCUACUGCAGCUACUGGAGACUCAGAUGCAGGAAAGGAACAAUGCAGACUUCCUUAGUUACAACAUCUACCUCACUGGGUGGGAUGAAUCUCAGGCUAACCACUUUGCUGUGCACCAUGAUGAGGAGAAAGAUGUGAUCACUGGCCUGAAACAAAAGACUUUAUACGGCCGUCCCAACUGGGAUAAUGAGUUCAAGACCAUUGCAAGUCAACAUCCGAAUACCACAAUAGGUGUUUUCCUCUGUGGACCUGAAGCCUUGGCUAAAACGCUCAGUAAACAAAGCAUCUCCAACUCUGAGUCUGGCCCUCGAGGAGUGCAUUUCAUUUUCAACAAGGAAAAUUUUUAACUCGUCUCUUUCAUGAGGAAACGAAAUGUGCAUUUUGCUGCCAGAUACCCAAAUGAUGCUAAUUCACAAGCUAAAUCCCCUCCCCCUUGGAAGAAAAGAGAAAAAGAAACUAUAAUGUAAUCUUUUCCCUCAAAGGAAAUUUCAGAGUGUGACCAUGAUAACUAACAUUUUUAUGGUGUGUUAUGGUUUCCAGAUUACUUUCAGAAACAUUAUUUCAAUUUUUCCCUUCAUGUUAAUACCACGAGGAAGGUAAUGUAAGGAUUUCUAGGCUAAUUUUUAGGAUAUAGACCCAGAGACUCAAAAUGGUUAAGUAGCCUAGGAUUAUGAAGUUGAGACUGGAUCUAGGCCACGUGACCUCAGGUUUGGUUGUCUUUCCAUGAUCCUGCUUCAAAAUUGAUUUCAAUUUCUAUUUUGUCUUACCUUGUGUCAUUUUCUUGCUUUCAAUUUUGUCAUAUUGAAGAACAUUUCCAAAGAAUUAGGAAUUGCUAUAUGUUGACAGUGACUCAAUAUAUAGUAGAGAUAGGAUUGCUAUCUAAGCAGGCUCCUGCUUAUCAAAAUUCUUCCUGAUAAAAAGAAUGUAAGGCUGAAUUGGAGUAAAAGUAAUCCACAGAAUUAAUUUUAUCCUGGUUCUUGGCAAAUAGUGGGUAUUCAAUGAAACUUUGUUGAAUGAAUGAAUGAAAAGAAUUUUAGAAGCACAUAAUGCCAGAGUAGAAUGAAUAUAAAGCAUCAACAGAAUUAUCUAAGAAAAGAACUACCUAAAAUUUGUACCUGGUUCUCCUGAUGGUAAAUAACAGACUUAAAGUCUUGGUCAGUAAAUAGGAUAUUCUGGAGGUUCCCUGACAUCCUUACCAGAAGCAUGCAGAAAAGAGAGAAUGUGGCAGAGAAAUGAUCUUCUGCUAUAACUAUAGCCGGCUCCUCUAUUCUCCCUGCCAGCAUUAUGAAAGGAGUGCAGACUGGUUUCCCACCUGUGAAGGUCUCUUCCAGCCAGCAUUUGUGAAUUUGAAGUUAAGAGUCAGGAAAAAUGUGUAUCUUAUAUGCCUAGCUGUAUUAAAUAACAUCCACUCUUGCCCUACUGAAAUAUUCACACAAACAAUGAAUUUUACAUAUCUGGCUAAAGGUUAAUUAUCAUCGUGCUAAUGAUCAUGUUGAAACUGACAUUAGCCCAAUCCCAAACAAAACCCCCUGCUAAUGAAUUGAUUCAGAUUCAUAGCAAUAUUAUUGGGCAGGGAAUAAGUGCUCCCUCUAUUGUAAAUCUUUACAAGAGUAGAUAGCCUCAUAUUUCUCCUGAAGAAAGGAUGGUGGAU